AUGGCUGGCCUCGGCGGGCUCAACUUCAACCCCUCGAAACUCAACAAAGCCACCGCCGCCGAUUACUCGUCCUCGGAUUCGGACGCCGACGACAACGACGACUUCCAAGUGCCAUCGUGCAAUCCCCACGACGACGAAUUCGGCGAUUUCAAUCCACGAAAGAGACGCAGAACCGGUCGUGACGCAAAGGAAGAUGCUGCCCUCGGUAUCUUUGGUUCCGAAAGCGAAGACGAGGGUCCUCGAUGGAAGCGCAAGAAUCUCCGCACAAAGGGCGUCAGCUUUGUCUCGUCAGCCAACAACAAGCCAGCCAACUCGGACGAUGAGGACGAGAUUGAUGACGAAGAGGACGAAGAGGACGAAUACGACGCGCGACCGUCGAUGAAGGCUGUUCAUGCAGAGGACGACGAGGAGAACGAAGAAGAGGAGGAAGAGUCGCGAGGCGUUGGUCUGGGCUUCAAAGGUGCUGCUGCCGCUGCAGCUACAGGUGGCCAAGGCCUGGGAUGGGUACCGCCGACACAACAGCAGAAAGAGAAGAGUCCGCCACGACGACAAUCCUUUGUCAAAUCAACGAUCAACAUGUCGAACCCUCUCGGUCCAGGAUUUACUCCGUCCUCGGCCAAAGCCCCCACGCUCCUCGCAAACGAUGACAAUGAGCCUCCUACGCGCCGUGUCGCUCUGCCCAGCGCCUUUGCCCAGGCAAAAGGUGGAAAAACAAAGACCAACAAGAUGUCCUUUGCUGCCCGCAUGAUGGCCAAGAUGGGCUAUGAAGAGGGCAAAGGCCUCGGUGCAGAAGGCCAGGGGCGCAACGUCAUUAUCGAAGCCAACCUCCGUCCACAGGGUGCUGGUCUAGGCGCCGUCAGGGAGAAGACGCAACAAGAACGAGAAGAGGAGAAGCGACAGGCACGUCUGCGCGGAGAAGAGCUGGUGGAUUCGGAAGAGGAGGAGAAAAAGAAGAAGGCUGCCCGGCGAAAGAAUAAGUCUCUAGGUGGUGGACUCGGAAGUGGUACCGCCAGCGCUGGCAGCACACCGCGACCCAAGAAGCCCAAGUACAUGACCUUGGAUGAGGUCAAGAAGGUUGCGCCGGGGCUGAACAUCCCCGAUGCCUUUACUCCCAUUCUGGACAUGACUGGGCCUGGAAAGAAGAUGCUUACGACGUCUUCCGGCCUAAUGACACCCACCGGAACCACUACCCCUGCCGAGUCGACGGAGGCGGCCGAAUCUCGAAAACUGGUUAGACGGGCCCAGAACGAUUUUAUGGCGAUUCUAGAAGAAUGGCAGAGCCUUCAGGAACGGAAGGCGUACGCCGAAUUGCAGCUUAAGCAGGAGCAGCAGGAGCUGGACGAGCUCACGGCAAGUCUACAGGCUAACCGGGCCAUCACGGGUCUUUGCGAAGUGCUCUCUACCCCCGUCGAGAGCGGCGAGUUCGACAAAAAGGACGAUCUCGACUACAAGUUGCGACGCACAAUUCAGGGGCUAGAGCACGCCUCCAGCGCCUUUUCUGAUGCCAUGCUGCCACAGAUCAAGGAUGAGGUCGCAUUACUUGCCGUUGCGGCCAUCUAUCCUGCGCUUAGGGAGUACCUACAGAUCUGGAAGCCACUCGAGGACCCCAAGCCCAAAUUCGUCGACGGGCUUGUGUCUAUCAAGAAGCUACUCGGCCUCGACCAGAAGACCAAGCCUACCCACCGUCGGGCCACAGCAACCCCCUACGAGACCAUGAUGUACCAGCUCUGGCUUCCUGCUGUGGCAAGUGCCGUCCGGAUAUGGGACAAGCCGUCCAGAAGUGGCACCCCCAAGAAGAAGAGCAGCACAUCCAACCUGCCGCACGGGUGGAUCUUUCCCUGGCUGCCCUACCUACCGGCCACCCAUCUCGACCCCAAGAGCUCGACCGGUCUUGUAGCCGACGUCAAGCGCAAAUUCCGCCAGCUUGUCGAUGUUUGGGAAUUCAACCGCGGCGUGAUCCCGGGUCUCAAACAAUGGAAGGAAGUCCUCCGUCCCCACCGCGGAUCUGAUCAAUGGGGUCCGCUGGUGAUGAACCACGUCCUCCCCAACAUGGCGCGGUACAUGCGCAAGAACUUCCGCGUCGAUCCGCGCGACCAGGAGCCGUACAUGGACAUGCUCGACGGGCUGUUCAAAUGGCUUGACGUGAUCCGUCCCUCCAUGGUUGGCGAGGUCAUCGUUGCCGAGGUGUUCCCUAUGUGGCACGACGCGCUGUAUCAGUGGUUACUCCUCGACACGGCGAACUACGAGCAGAUCGGUCAGUGGUUCGAGUGGUGGCAGGAUUCGGUGUUCCCCGAGGAAAUCAAGUCGCUCCCGUCCAUCACGGCCGAAUUUGAGAAGGGCAUGAAGAUGAUUGAGCGUGCUUUGGAUCUGGGCGAUCGGGCCAAAACAGACCUCAAAGCUCCUGAACGAGGGCCCGCUUUGCCAUCAUUCAAGUCUUCUUCCUCCUCUAGGCACGACCGCGAACAUCGUCAUCACGUGAAACACCGCGAACGAGAGGCCCAAGCCCAGGCAGCGGCAGCUGAAGCGGAAAAGAAUAAGCAACCGGAGGAAAUCACGUUCAGACAUGCGCUGGAGGAUUGGUGCCAGGAGAAUGACAUGCAGUUCAUCCCCGAGCGCAAGAAGAUGCAUGCGGAUGGACCUUAUUACCGGAUCACAGCGAGAGGGGACGGGAAAGGUGGCGUGCUGGUUAGGUUCAAGGGCGAUGUGCUGUUUGUGGAGGUUAAGGGGCAGGAUGCGCUUAAGAUUCAUCGGGAGCCGCAGAGUGGGUGGGAGGCGCUUUUGGAGUUGGUUCUGUAG